UCGUUGGUCUCCAAGGCCAGUUUGAGAUACAAGUUCAUCCGAGAAGUACGUAAGAGUUGUUAAAUAUUUCAUUAAAAACUAACGCUUAUUUAUAAAACAACGAUCAAAACCCCGCGAAUAAUCGGUCAAGGUUUAUUCAGACGCAGAAUCAUUUUAUUAUACCACAGAAUUCACAAAAGGUUAGUCAUGUUUUUUUUCUGGGUUCCUUUGACGUUGUGUUUGAUGGUGGGCAGUAUUAAUGCAUUGUUGCCGACAUUUGGAGCCUGCCCUGAUGUUAAGACAAUUGAAAAACUUAAUGUUACUAUGUAUUUAGGUAAAUGGUACGAAGCUGAGCGUUACUUUUCAAUAAGUGAUUUUGGAGCUAAAUGUGGAACUUUCAAUUACAGUAAAGAAGAAAAUGGGUCGUUAAAACUAUUAAGUUCACAAAUAUCCUCACUAACGGGUGUAGAGUCGUCAAUAGUGGGACGCGCAAGACCGAUAGAAAGAGCCGACGAUCCUAAAUUUACUGUAUCAUACCCAUCGCUACCGAUCCAAUACCCCAUGCCUCAUUGGGUUCUGGGGACUGAUUAUGACACUUACGCUGUGCUGUGGAGUUGCAGUAAUGUCGGUAUUUUCAGCAUGCGGAGCGCUUGGAUUUUGACACGAGAAAGACAGCCACCGGUUCCAGUUCUCGAGCAAGCGUACAAGAUUUUAGAUAAAAAUCAAAUUAGCCGUGCUUACUUUUCGCGCACUGACCAGAAAAAUUGUCCAACAGUAACAAAUUAGUGUGAUUUUAUUCUUGUUAUAUUUUUAAUGUCUUAUUUAUUUAAUUAUUUAUUGUCAGCUAUUUAUUAAAAAUAAAGUAUAUUUAUUGGAUUAUUUACGACUUUAUAUUUAUUAAAAAAUCGAUAACUAUGCAAAGAUAUCUAUUUCUGUUUCCGCCUGUCAAUUAUCGCUACCUAUAUGUUAUUUAAAGCCGCUUUUUUAUAAAUAAUUAAGAUAAAAAUGAUAAGUUCUCUUCCGCGGUCAAGAAUAUAAAACCCGAAUUUCUGAGCUUACAAUCCAUUCUUAUUUCACCGCCGACAUAAGUUAAAAAAAAAAAAAUGUCCGCAUUAUUUAACUGCUGCAUAUUAUUUUUCUGUUUGGUCGGUGGGAGUUUCGCCCAAAUUUCACAACUUGGAUCAUGUCCAGCCGUACAACCGGUUCAGAAUUUCCAGCCACAAAACCUUUCAGGAAUGUGGUAUCAAGUUAGACGCUACGACAAUUUUUACGACAUUAAUGAAAGAUGCAAUCGUGUCAAUCUCACUAUCGGGUUGGGUAAUAGAUUGAGAAUAAGUGAACGCUCAGUCAACACUCUCUCUGGAGAACCGAUAACAACGAAUCUAACUUUAACUCCAGUAAAUAGAGCACAGGCUCAAUACAGAGUCAGACUAUCUGUGUUCUCAAGACAGACUUCUCUCGUGACUCUCUUGGAUACUGACUACACCAGCUUCGCAAUAUUUUACAUGUGUCAAGACUUCGCUAACACUCGCCUGGUUUACCUUUGGAUAAUAUCACGUCAAAGUACUCUUGGUCUCAACACAUUGGGAAGACGUUUGAGAGUUGAGGCUGCCAACAACUUGCCAAUCGGUGAACUGCGUACCGUUGGUCAGCUUAAUUGUCCAGCAUGAUAUAUAAAAUGAUUAUUUGAUCCAUAUCAAUAAAAUUGUAAUGUGAAAAUUAGUUUUGAAUAAAUAUCAAUGCAAUUUA